CGAUUGCCUGCACCGAUGACGCGCCGGAAUCUCCAGCGCCAGCCUCAAGGCCGGCCCAUAAGCAUAAGCACAUGGCCACCAGCUUGGCCUGCUUGGCUAAGGGUACUUCUCCUCGUGUACCUCCAGCCCUGGCUCGUGCACUUCUCCUUCUUGUCGUCAUCUGUCCCAUCCCAGCCAGUGUCGAUCUCAGACUCACGGAUUUCGUAAGUUCCGGAGCCGUGCUGUCUCGCCGAAGACCAACCAGGCUGCAGCCUUAAGUCCGAGCUCGAGUCCGCGCCAGUCAGUCCUCGAUAUCACGAUACCUAGCAUACCUACAAAGAUCUGGACACACGCUGGAAGAUGGGUCUAAUACGGCAACUGGCACUGGGAGUUCUUGCGAUCUCCUUCGUCACUUUCGUUGCUCUGUUCGGACAACUCCAACGUUUACGAAAAACACCCAUAGGCUACCUUCACCGCCUUCUCCGCCACCGACUCCCCGCAUUUCUCCUAUUACUCGACCACAAACUCACCUCGGGAACGCUCACCCCACUCCUGCAACGAUGCGGCAAUCACCUCGUCAACGAGAAGCACCCACUGGUGCUGAUCUUCUACGUGCUCCUCGUCACGACCGGCGCCUACAUCGACCCGGGGAUCAUCACGGCGGGCAACCACGCCUCCGCGAUGGGAAUGUACCCGUUCGACCACACGAUCUUCUUCCCAUCGCCAGCCACUCCCCCGUGCCGGAGCUGCCGGCUGCCCAAGCCCGCGCGCAGCAAGCACUGCUCGAUCUGCCGUGCGUGUGUAGCCAAACACGACCACCACUGCGUGUGGAUCAACAACUGCGUGGGGCUAAACAACACACGGCACUUCCUGUUCUUCCUAUCGAGCACGAACUUGCUGCUCGCGGUGGGCGCCGCGCUGAGCUACAGCAUCCUCGAGGAGGUCCUGCGGCGCAGCACGGGGAUCGAGCCGCGCGCGCUGCACACCUGGGAGCUGUGGGGAAGGUACAUGGCCGCCGCAGUGCUGCACGAGGUCUACGUCGGUGCGGUGUUCCUGCUGUGCGCCCUGUGCAGCUUGCUCAGCUUCUCGUUCACCGCGUACCAUCUGUACCUCGUGUGGGCUGGCACGACGACAAAUGAGACGGGCAAGUGGGCCGAUUGGAGAGAUGAUAUCAACGAUGGGCUCAUCUUUCGCGCGGAUGGAGAGCUCGAUGAUGAUACCGGAAGGGCGUGUCUGUACAGGAUCGAGGCUGGCAGGACUCAGGAUCUACCCCGCGGCGCCCUGUGGACGAGGGUGGAGGGAUUGCAUCAGGUCGUGAAUGUCUAUGAUCAAGGCGGUUGGAAGAAUUUUUGGGAUGUGUUUCGCCCGCAGAAAUUGCAGUGAGGAAAGGAGGGCGUGUACGCUGUGUAUAUAUGUGGGAGUACUGCCGCGGUGCCGCGAUGGUGGGAGUCAUAGAUCUUCCCGCUCUGGUGGGUCACUGGGUUAUGGACAUGAUGGGUAUGGCAGGGCGCUGUAGAUACCCGAUGAAUGUGAUUUACUUAUUGUAAUUUGUACCUGGGUAAUACGAACGGCGAUUUUUAGGUUUGGC